CUUGUUUUCCAGUGGAGCCAGCAUUCUCUUCUCGGCGAUAGCGGUGAUCGGAGUGGAGGAGCGGCGAAAUCUCUGUAAGGCGAUGGUUUAGGUGUAGGAAUUGCGAUGCGAUCUGGCGAUCGGGUUCGUCGUAAGGUGCAGAAGCUAGAGUCGUAGGAAUGUAGCUAGGUCAGGGAUUUUUGAUGGAGGAAUUCGGUGUGGUGAUUAUGGAUCGAGGCAGGAUAAAUUCGAGUUUGUGGAGAUCUUGCCAGAGGGAGGUAGGGGAGCUUCGUCGCAGAUCGAGAUGCCUAGCGAUGAAUUUAAGCUGGUGGUGAUGGAUGCCAAGGUGCCGGGGAAGGGGAAGAACAAUGGCAAAGCAAGCGAGCCCGAUUCAGAACGAGUCCAAGUUACGGUGAGAGUGAGGCCUCCUACGAAAGCUGAAGAGACCAAGGAAGAUGGAGUUCCUUUUAUUUUCUUGGACACUGAGAAGAAUGCUGUGAUUGUGAGGCGAAAGGGGAGUUUUGUGGAUUUCACGGAGUUUAAGUUCGAUGCUGUUUUGCCUCCAAGUGCGACGCAAGCUGAUGUCUACAAUGUCUCUGCUCAAGCUGUAAUUCAGGAUGUUCUUGAUGGAUACAAUGGCACAAUUAUGGCUUAUGGCCAAACAGGAGCUGGAAAGACGUACACACUCUCGGACAUGGUUUUUGACGACGUUGGUGGAACUUCGAUUGAAGGAAUUAUACCUCGUUCCGCAGCCGAUAUAUACAUCAGAGCUGAAAGAGACAAAGACCAUGAGUACCGAAUCUCUAUGUCAUAUAUCCAGAUCUAUAUGGAAAUGAUUCAAGAUCUCCUCCGUCCUGAGAAUUCCAACCUCAGCAUUCGCGAGACUGAGGCAGGAGGUAUUUUUGUCGCAGGCAUAGAAGAGGUGCAAGUAAAAUCUAUCGAGGACGUGAUGAAGCUCUUGAUGAUCGGUGAUCGAAAUCGACGCUUUGCCUUCACAAGAUUGGUUCGUCUCUUCGUUCCGAUUAUUCAUUCAUAACAAAGCAAGGGACGAAUCCAUUCCAGAGAACGG